AACAACUUUCCUCAGUCCACGCUUGACAUUCCAGGACGAUAAUCAUGGCUCACCACCACCACCAUUAUCACCACGGAAAUACAGGAGACUAUGCUUCCAAGAAUAAGGAAUAUUGGAGCGAAAAUGCGGAGAAAGCCUUCGACCACGACUGGGUUCGGGCCCUUGCGGCUCAGAUUGAAAGCCAUCUAAAGGAGAACUUGUCCUGGAUGGGCAUCGAUCCCAAGAACGUCGGGGAGAGGAAAAUGCUUGACUUUGCCUGUGGAGAUGGCUUCCUUUCACAUGCUCUCCGUCCCCAUUUUACCAAGGUCAUCGGCCUCGACCUUGCAGAAGGCAUGGUGGACAAAUAUAAGCGUCGUGCGCGCGAAGCGGGCAUCCCCGAAUCCCAGAUGCACGCAGUCCUCGGUGAUCUCACGGGGGCCGAGAUCUCUCCAUCUCUGAUUGAAAACAAGGAGCUAUUUGACUUUGAUCUAGCUAUCAGCUCUCUAGCUCUGCACCACAUCGAAGACCCGCAGCGGACAAUCAAUAGGCUUAUGGAGCGACUCCGGCCCGGCGGAACGGUAGUUAUUAUCGAUUUUGACGUCGCAAAAAAGGGCGAGACGUGGGUCUUGGAUGAUGCACCGGCGGCACAUACCAUCGCGCACCACGGAUUUGAUAAGGCCCACAUGGAGAAAUUGUUAAACGAAGCAGGAUGCAAGGAUGUGGACUAUGUCUGGCACAAAGAGGAAUCUGAACUGCCCCCACGAAUGGGUGGGAAAAAACAGUUGUUUUUUGCUCGUGGACGGAAGGCGUGAAGUUCUCUUAAGCAAGAUAUGUAAGUAUACAGGGGAGGGAAAGCCAGAAACAUGGGACGAACAUCGUGUCAUGAUGAAAAAUAAUACUUCAACACCCAAGACGCGAGAAAGAGGUAUGUAGGGUGAAGUAAGAAAUAUCUGAAAUUAAAUCACC